AUGAUUUCAACAUCGAUAGAUGUGUACUUAGAAACUUUGAGUGAACGGAUAUUUGACGAUGAUAAAUUGGUAACUUAUAAAUUGUUGAGUAAGGAGCUGGGCCUCCACGUAAAUUUGACGAAGCAGAUAUUGUGGCAAUUUUGGAAGGAGCAUAAGAAGCGUAGCGAAGUUGUGGCCACUUUUGCACUGGUGGGAUGCCUCGCCGAUGGUAGUAUGCGUGUCGAGUUGGUUAAGGAGUCGGAUCUGCCAUCGGCGGAAAAGAAAUUCAGCAAAAUAGCAGCUAAGCAUUUGUACAGUCUUCAAAGAGCACUGCCGGACGUAGAACUUCUCGCUUUAUCUGAAAUCGGAGAUCGUCGAUACGCUGCAAUUAAUUGUCAAGAAAUAGGCUUGCGAAAAAAUGAGGAAUUCAAUUGUCUGAGAUGGAAACCGACGGUGGAACGACCAUCGUCGAUCGCUUCCGGUUCAACCACAGCGAAACAAUCGUCUGGGAAUAUUUUUGAGAAAAUCAGUACAGAGGAUAGAAAAAUCGAGCGAUCAAUUGCUGGCGGAUCGGAACACGGAGAUGUAAAAGAGGCGAAUGCUUCGCGUGGUCAAAAACGCCAAGUACCUGGAGAGCUUGACGAUACUGUUUUAAAGAAACAAAAACGAGAACCGGAAAUUAUAACGAAUCCAAAAGUAGAAGGCAAUCGAAAGCAAGCCAGUCUCCUUAAUUUUUUCAAGAAAUCUUGA